AGCAAGCAAGAGACACCUGAACAAUUGAACACGGCAAACGCGGGCCGAAUAAAGUGAAUUCCAUGCAAAAGCGAAACGGAAUACAAGUGAAGUGCUAUCGAUACGCCAGAACAAGGGCGAAAAGCUAAAGCAGUCGCGACAUCGAAUCCCCAACCGAGUCGCGCCUCCACAACCAAGACCCAAGAACCGUCAAAAUUACUUACUACUACCCGACGAAUUCGUGCGGCGCGUGCAACCAGAGCGAGGACAUCAUGCUCUUAUCCUACCGAUGCAUCUACUCGGUGCUGCUGUCCACCAUAGCCAGCAUUAUGGUGGUGCUCAGCUCUGCAUCCUCCGGCUCCAUGCAGCUGCCCACCGUGCGCAAGUGCGGCGGUGGCGGCUCCACGGGAGCAGCCCACACCAUGGCCAUGAAUUUGGCGGCCUACGGGCUGCUGGAGAACCGGAUAAGCACUCUGGAAGCACCGCGACAAACGCACUGGACGAAAAAGUUCCUGGCCAAGCGGGAGGCGACUCCCCACUCGGCGCCGUACGUGGUCAGCAUCCAGAUGAUGACACCCGAUCAGGGCCUGGUCCACUACUGUGCCGGCACCAUCAUCAACGAGCACUGGAUCCUCACGGCGGCCCACUGCCUCAGCUCUCCGCAGGCGGUGGAGAACUCGGUCAUUGUGGCGGGCAGCCACGACAUCCACGAUCAGAAGGGCGAGGCGAGCAACAUCCAAAUGCGACACAUCGACUACUACGUGCGACACGAGCUCUAUCUCGGCGGAGUGAAUCCCUACGACAUCGCUCUAAUCUACACCAAGGAGCCCCUGGCCUUCGACACCUAUGUCCAGCCAGCCACGCUGCCGGAGCAGGAUGCCCACCCCGAGGGCUAUGGAACUCUGUACGGCUGGGGCAAUGUCUCGAUGACUGCGGUGCCCAACUAUCCGCACCGCCUGCAGGAGGCCAACAUGCCCAUCCUGGACAUGGAGCUCUGCGAACAGAUCCUCGCCCGCUCCGGACUCCAACUGCACGAGACCAACCUGUGCACUGGCCCGCUGACAGGCGGCGUUAGCAUCUGCACCGCCGACUCCGGCGGACCGCUGAUCCAGCAGUGCUGCGAGGAGCACUUCGAGCAGGCCAACAUCGUCAUCGGCAUCGUGUCCUGGGGCAAGAUGCCCUGCGGCCAGAAGAACGCGCCCUCGGUCUUUGUCCGCGUCUCCGCCUUUACGGAGUGGAUCAACCAGGUCAUCAGCACGGCCACCCAGAUCAUGUAAGAUGAUCAUCGGAAAGAUACUAUACAACUGGGGCAGAUCCUCCCAUGAAUUAGCGCUCGAAUGUGAAGAUAUCGAAAAACGAAAUAUACAAAAAAAAACACAAAAGAUCGAAAAACCCAAAGAAAAAUGUAGAUUCUCUAGACAAUCUCACUAGACUAAUAAGAUGAACAAAUAUAGAGUUAUAUACUGCCCCCAUUCUAGUAAUUUAGGACAUAGACUAAGGCCCCAAAAACAUGAAUAAAA